AUGAACUUCCUCAAGUCGGCAGUUGCCUCUGCCAUUGCCCAAGGCCCACCAUUCCCUUACAGUUUUGGUGACAAGGUGGACAUCGACGAGUCCAUCUGGACGCUGAACAACGGCACCAAGCGAGAAGAUGGAUCCAACUGUAGCAUAUUUUCCUUCGACGUUAUUGCCAACAAGUCUCGACUACCCCUGGCCAAGAACGCUCUGCGCAAGCUAAGGACGCUACGCCACCCAGGCGUUAUCAAGGUGUUGGAUACGGUGGAGACCGAUACGUAUAUUUACGUUGCGACCGAACGAGUUGUGCCGCUACGAUGGCACGUGAAGAGAAAGAGCCUUACACCGGAGACAAUCAAAUGGGGAUUGAGUAGUGUUGCGCGGACAAUCAAAUUCAUCAACGAUGAAGCGUCAUCAAUACACGGCAACCUUAGAGUUGGCUCUGUAUAUACGUCCGAGAGUGGAGAGUGGAAAAUGAGUGGCUUUGAGGUGCUGAGUAACGUCAAGGAUGACGAGGCAGUAAUUUACACAUACGGCAGUUUGGUCCCAGAUUCGGGGCGAUAUGCGCCGCCAGAGCUUGCGCGUGGUGGCUGGGAUGCUAUCAAGAAGAGCCCGCAUUCCGCAGUGGACUCAUUCGGCUUCGGUUGCUUGAUAUUCGAGGUGUUCAAUGGCGAGUUCAUGGGCUCCGACCAGGCAGGUCAGACCAAGAACAUCCCUCCGACAAUGCAGCAGAGUUACAAGCGUCUGGUCAAUCCUAAUCCGAAAGCACGUGUCAGCGUUGGUCAUUUCCUGGAACAGGGCCAGCGCAGCGGAUCAUUUUUCGAUAGCCCGCUCAUCAAAUUGACUGAGGGAAUCGAGAACUUGGGCGUCAAGACCGAACCGGAGAGGGAGCAGUUCCUUGAUGAUCUUGACCAACUAACUGACGAUUUCCCCGAGGACUUCUUCAAGAUGAAGGUUCUCCCGGAACUAAUCAAGUCAGUCGAGUUUGGGGGCGGUGGACCAAAGGCGUUUAGCGUUGUCAUGAAGAUUGCAGCCAAGUUAUCCAACGACGAUUUCGAUUCGAAGAUCACACCCGUGGUCAUCCGGCUCUUCUCCAACCCCGAUCGAGCCAUCCGCGUCUGCCUUCUGGACAGUCUGCCUCUAAUGAUAGACAGGCUUACGCAGAAGGUUGUCAACGACAAGAUCUUCCCGCAACUAGUAACCGGUUUCACAGACGUCGCCCCGGUUGUUCGAGAACAGACUCUCAAGUCGGUGCUUGUCAUUAUCUCGAAACUUUCCGAUCGGACAAUCAACGGAGAUUUGCUCAAGUACCUGGCCAAGACGGCGAACGACGAGCAGCCCGGUAUCCGAACAAACACAACCAUCUGUCUCGGAAAGAUCGCCAAGAAUCUCGGCACUUCCUCGAGGAGCAAAGUUCUCAUCGCUGCCUUUACCAGAUCUCUCCGAGAUCCCUUUGUGCAUGCCCGUAAUGCAUCACUUAUGGCCCUCGGCGUUACCGGAGAUUGUUUCUCUGACGAAGACGUCGCUCUCAGGAUAAUGCCGGCAGUGUGCCCAUUGCUGAUAGACAAGGAGAAGGUGAUCCGCGACCAGGCUAGCAAGACGAUGGAUGUAUAUUUGCAGAAAGUCAGAAAGGCAGCCGCCAAUAUGCCAGACUCGGCUCUACCUCCUCAGGGCGCAGAAGGCCCUGGCGGACCUCGUAUGAGCACGCCGCAGCCCAACGAGGCUUCGACGCCGUCUUGGGCCGGCUGGGCCAUCUCCUCCUUCACGAACAAGCUCUCGACAGCGGCUGGGGAGAUGCAGACUUCCAACGGCUCAGGCGCUGCUUCACCCAGGCCAACUCCGUCGCCAGGCCCAGAUAUGAAAAGACCAACUACAUCCUCAGCGUCUACUUUACAUCGGCAGGCCCUCACAUCCCCGCCGCCGAUGUCACGGACACCUUCGUCGGUCGUGGCGGAUGCAUUCAAUCCAGAACCCGCCGACGAUGGGGGCGAUGCUUGGGGAGACUUGGCAGACGACGAUGCCUGGGGAGAACCGAUCGACAGCACCAAGUCCUCCGCGGCGAAGAAGGAAACAACCGCCAGCGCGACGCCAUUCGAUGAUGGCGCUGAGCCUGAUUUUGCUGGCUGGCUAGCCGCGCAGUCCCAGAAGAAAGGCGGCUCAAGCAAGCCUCUACCCAAGGGACUGUCCAAGUCCUCGACAGCAGCGGCCAAGAAGCCCCUAGCGACCAAGCCAGCAGCCAAGCCCGCAGUAGCAAAGAAGAUAGACAUGAAGCCCAAGCAGACUGAAGAUGAUGACGAUGGUUGGGGAGAUGGGUGGUAA